UGUGUGAUGCAUUUUAUUGUGCUUUAAAUAUAGAAUUUAAUCCUGGUAUCCAAUGUAUACAAUUGUGACCGCUUAUAGUAUUAAAAUCAACGCACACGAAACAAACGUAACCAUUUGGGUAAAUUGAACUGAACCGCGAACCGAAUUUAAAUUUAAAAAAAAAAUACGAUAAAAAGCACUUCGAAAGAGAGAAAAACAAAACACACAUUUCUCGCACAAUACAAAAUGUUAUGUCAUUUCAGUAUUCGGUCGAUCGGAAAAUCUAUUACGUUUAGAACAUGAGAUUUCUGUGUAAAUUUUGGAAAUUUAUUUAUUUGGUCGUUUAAUCGAUCAUUGAAAUCAUUUGAUAUACUCCCGACAUAUAAUUUUCAUUGCGCUUCAAACAGAACAAUAUCGAUCAUGUCAAUCUUAUUAGAUUAAGAUUACGUUCCAUAUUUAGAUAUCGAAAGAGUGCAACACAAAAAAUUGCUAAUGGUGGCGGUACUGUGAAACAUAACAAUUACGAAAACACAGAAGUAAGCGAAUUUCGAAAAACACACACACACACACUCAAAAUUAAACAAAUUUCAAAUGGAUUCUUGUUGAGAACGGUCGAAUCACACAUCAAUUUAAGUAAACUUCCUUAAGAUUUAACCAGUAUGAAGCGUUCUAGCGAAAACAAGGAGACAAUGGCCGCUGGCGCUGUAACAUUGUCAAAACGUUCGUAUCGAUUACGAGGUCCGGCAACAACGGUGGUGGCUAAUUCAAAAAAAUCAUCAACAACAAUUAACAAAGCUUCCGUACAGACUACAAAAAAAUCAAGUACAAAUGACAUUGAUCAAUCAAAAAAUGAUGAUGCAAACGGCGACAAUUCACUGGCCAACAAUCGUACCAGACGUAGUAGCACGAGAUUUGGAUCACGAUCAUCUACGAAUUCAAUUGGUAUAAAUACGCGCACAAAGUCAACGGUUCGUGACGAAAACAAUCACAGUGCAACAAUGAUCGGCAACAAUAAGAAACGAAAAACAGCACCACCACCAUCGCAUUCACAAUCGAUAAAUGACGUUGACAAUGUUGUGGAAAAUGGUCGUAAAAGUCGAGGCUCUAAAACAAUAAUUAGAAAUAGUAAAAAUGGUGACGGUAAAAUUAACGGUAUCCAUAAUAGUAACGAUCAUGAUAACAGUAAUGUGGAAAAUGGCCCAAACGUUGAUCAUAGUAUUGAUGAAAAUGAUGAAAAAUUACAAAACAAUUCAACGAAAUCAAAAACGAAACGCAUACGUACUAAACGUAGAUAUAUUUGUAACUUUUGUGACAAAGAGUUUUUAGGUGGCAACGAUUUGCGCAAACAUAUUCGCAUCCAUACCGAUGAACGACCAUUUGAAUGUCAACAUUGUGGACAAAAAUUUCGACAAGGUGGCUGCUUAAAGAAUCACAUCGCCUCACAACAUGGCACUUCCGAAACGUUUACAUGCUACUAUUGCAAUAAAUCGUUUCCGAUUAAGGAACGACUUCGACUACAUAUGAGACUGCAUUCAGGCGAGAAACCUUAUCAUUGUAAAAUUUGCUUCAAACGUUUUGCUCGCGGUGGACAGUUAACACAACAUUUGGCAAGUCAUACUGGCGUAAAAAAGUAUCGUUGCACACAAUGUUCGAAUUCAUUUUCAUGUUCGGUUAAUUUGAAAUUGCACGUUAAAAGCCAUUUGAAUGUUCGUGAUUAUACAUGCCAUCUUUGUGGUAAGUCAUUCGUGCGACCUGAUGCACUGAAGAAGCAUUUGACAUGUUUCCAUGAAAAUGUAAAGGCAUUUUUCUGUAACAUUUGUUCGCGAACAUUCAAAGGACAUUUGCCGCAACAUAUGCGCACCCAUGAAAAUGUCAAAUCGCAUGGAUGCGCCAAUUGUGGUGCAACAUUCUCGCAAAAAUCGCAGCUAAUCGUCCAUCAGCGAAUCCAUUCGGGUGAACGGCCGUAUCGUUGUCAGGUGUGUUGGCAAGCAUUUGCACAUUCGAGCGUCUUGAAGUUGCACAUUCGUAAGCAUACUGGCGAAAAACCAUUCAAAUGUUCCGUUUGUAAAGAUACAGAGACGGCAUUUUCGCAAUUGCCACACUUGAAAACGCACAUGAGAGCCAUUCAUGGCAUGGACAAGGUUUAUCAUUGUGAAUACUGUUCGGAAUACUUUAAAACCAAACACGAAUUGCAAGAACAUAAAAUCAAAUGUUCAAAAGCACCAAAAACAUCGGAACAUCACAUUGAUGAACAAUACAAUGGCCUUCACACCGUUAUUGAACCGAAAUGUUCAACAAAAGAGACAACCCUAUCCCGGAUGCGGCUUCUAAUUGCGGUGCUUUUAAAAAAGAUUUCAUCACAAGAUCGUCUCAAGCAGCUCGGUUUUGAUAAGCGACUUAUUGACAAUGUACUGAUGGACGCAUUAAAAAUGGCCGGCCAAGAUGUGUGCACCGAUUCAAAUUUACACGAAGUGGAACGCUUACGGGCAAAUGUGAAAAUUUUCUUGGACUGGUCCAUUCCCGAUGCGUACAUGAAAAAAUUCAAAAAUGAACAACGCAGCACAGAAGAAUUGCUUGAAGAUCUCACCAGCAACUUUAAUCGUCAACCGAAAAAAGCAUAAGUUUGCUUAUUGUUUGUUAAUUUUUUUUACAUGAAUUGAAUAUGGAAUCGGCCAUCAUAACAAAACAGGUUUAGAUGAAUUAUAUAUUGAAUUACAUGUUUCUACUAUUACAAUUAUUAUUAGAA